AUGAAGACUGCUUUAAUUUUGCUCAGCAUUUUGGGAAUGGCUUGUGCUUUCUCCAUGAAAAAUUUGCAUCGAAGAGCCAAAGUAGAGGCUUCUGAAGAAAAUGGGGUCUUUAAGUCCCGGCCACACUAUUUUCUUUAUAAGCAUGCCUACGUUUAUCCUCUAAAACGGUUUCUAGUUCAGGGAGGCAGCGACUCUUCUGAGGAAAACGAAGAUGGCGACAGUUCGGAACAGGAGGAAGAAGAGGAGACUUCAAAUGAAGAGGAAAACAAUGAAGAGUCUGCUGGGAAUGAAGAGGAAGAGGCUGAGAACGUCACACUCUCUGCUGUGACACCCAGCUAUGGCACGGAGGCCACAACUGGAGAUGGGGCUAUGGAGUUAGCUGCCCUCCAGCUGCCUAAGAGGGCCGGAGAUGCAGAAGGCAAGGCUGCAAAAAUGAAGGAAAGCGACGAAGAAGAAGAAGAAGAAGAAGGAGAAGGGGAGGAAGGGGAAGAGGAAGGAAACGGAAACGAAGAAGCGGAGGUGGAUGAAAACGAGCAGCUCGCCAACGGCACCAGCGCCAACUCCACGGAGGCGGACGGCGGGAACCGCGGCAGCGGAGGGGGCGUCACCCCCACGGCGGGCAGCGAGUGGACCACCGAGGCCGCCGCGGCGACUGCGCGCCCGACCCCAGCGCCCGAGGCCCUGGAGCCCACCGCCGCGCCCACCGGGAAGAGCACUGCCGAGUACUGGGGAGAGUACGAGCAAACGGGCAACAACGAGCUCACCACGGGCGAGUACGAGGUGUACGACCAGGAGCAGGGGGAGCCCCCUCGCGGGGAUAACUACCGAGCCUACGAGGACGAGUACAGCUACUACAAGGGGCGUGGCUACGACGGCUACGACGGCCAGGAGUACUACUACCACCAGUGA